AUGUACUACCUAAUCCACACCACGUACCACUCCCGUCCAUACGUGUCAAUCAUCCCUUUCAUAGCACGAGACUUCCGCAAGUGGGGAUAUCGCGUCGACAGCUAUACCAGCGACUCGCCAUACAUUGCCGAAGUCAAGCUGCGCGAGAAAAUUGCGGGUCCGGGGAUGGGGAGGACGGAGAUCAUGGAGAUCUGGGCGAGGGAGGUUGUGGGGCGCAGGUGGCAAGGGCAUAUAGCACAGCAGAGUGAGGUGGAGGGAAUGGUGGAAGAGGGGUUGUCGCUGCUUGAGAAGCGAGAGGCGCGGGCGUCGGGUAUGGUGGGGGACUUUGUUUUUGGUGUUGCUGAGUUUGGUAUAUCUCCUUCUGUACAUACCCCUCUCAACGCGGCCCAACACCCCGUACCAACAGGCCCCCUGGCUUUGAUCAACAAGUACAUGCGCCUCUUGAACUGCACGAAAUACAUCCCCAACGCCACACUACCCCCCUGGUCGACUCCCGACAUCACCAUCGCCGAUCAGAUCAUCAUAGAGUUCCGCUUCCAUGAAGCUUUCAGAAGAGCCCACCUUGUGCAGGCCCUGGUCAAGACAGUGAACAAGAAUCGUGGGCGGAUGGGCAGGGUUGAGAAAGAUACCAUGACGGGUGUUACGAGAGUGCUUAUGUUUGUUUGUGUUGGUGAUUGUUUGGGGGUGGAGGGGGGCCAGGAGCCAGAGAGUAAGGAUCCGGUGCCGAAGUAUGAGAGGGUGGAGCGGCCGCCGCCGUAUGUUGAAGAUGUGGGUUCGUUGGCGGUGGAGAGGACUUGA